AUGUACAAAUCUACCAAACAGCGAUGUUUUAAGAACAUUAAUGUGAACCAGCUUCCAUUGACAUGGCGAGCCAACAAGAAAGCCUGGAUGACGGGACAACUAUUCACCGAGUGGGUUUCUGAGCUUGAUAGACGGAUGAGGCUAUCUAGACGGAACAUUUUAUUAUUCUUGGACAAUGCUCCAUCACAUCCUAAUGUGAAACUGACCAACGUGAAGCUGGCAUUCUUUCCUGUGAACACCACACCUGUACUUCAGCCUCUGGACCAGGGUAUAAUACAGGCAGUGAAGAUGGUGUACAGGAAGUGA